UCGUCGUCGUAUUUCGGAGAGCAGAAGAUGGCCGCGAAGAUAAGACCGGUGUAUUGUGGGAACUUUGAAUAUGACGCUCGGCAGUCGGAGAUCGAGCGCUUAUUCAAGGAGUACGGGAGGGUGGAGCGUGUUGACAUGAAGACAGGCAAGUUUGAUUUCGCACUUCUGGAAAUGCUUUCUAUGAUCAUUUUGUUUUGUUUUGUUUGGGAUCUUGCGGCAACCCAUCGUGAGCUACUUCGCGUAGGGUUUGUUUUAUGGGGGUAAGAGCGUGGCGAACGGAAUUGUAGUUGCGACUGUGUGUUGUAACAUUCUUUUUCCUCCCCCAGCGAUGGUUGCGUUACUUGUGUUUGUGCCAUGGAAGCUCGUGUCAGGAGUUUGCAUGUAGAUAUGGGCGGUUCACUUAUUCGGAGCAAGCGUAUCAUUAUCAUGGCGUUAAGGCGGAGAUUUUGUAUGGCAUACUACUUUCAAACCCGCGGUUAGUAAAAUAAGAUGUCAAAAGAGAGGUAGUCACAGAACAAUUAAAUGUUAAGUAAUCGAUCAUCUCGUUUCGUCAAAUGAUAUUAUACUCCUUUUUCAGAGUCAUUUGAAGUGAAGCACGCUUAGUACUUGAUGCGUUUCAAGUACAUAAUAUAUCUGUUUUCCGUGGUGUAUUCCUUGGUUCCCACUUAUUCUCGGAAGGUUUAACAAGGAUGCCUUCGGUAAAUCUGAAAGGAAUUGCAUGAGCAUGAAGAGCAUGGCAGCUCUCUUGCUGGCAGUUUGGUUGAGGAUAUUCCAUUACUACAUGGCUCCUCCUGCCAACAUUGACUUCAUUUAUGUCAUCAGAACACAUCAGAACAGUUCCUGCCCUAGCCAUCAGCAGUCAUCAUCUUGUCAUCAGUCAUCAGAUUUUCUCCUUCUCUAAUGCAAUGGGUGGCAGCUCUAUGACAACGUUUUGGCUCCUCGUGUGUGCGCUCAAGGCAUGUGCCUAAGUUUUCAUCACUGAAAUCUACUUCAGCACCGAUUUUCGCCUCAGCUUGUCUCUAUCUCCGCGUGUGCUUCAUCUAGAAUUGCACUGCGGCAAACGUUCGAGAUCGACAUGAUUGUGCAAGCUUGGCUGUCCCUUAUGUCUUUGUCAACAAUAUACUCCUGACUUUCCUUUGUGCAGACAACAGGCUGUGGCCAGGAUUUUCGUUUAUCUACAUGGAAGAUGAGCGUGAUGCAGAAGAUGCUAUUCGGCACCUUGACAACAUGGAGUUCGGCCGGCAACGCAGGCGGCUCUCUGUGGAAUGGGCCAAGCAAGGUGAUGGUGCAAUUCGUAGGCGAGAGGAUGCCCGCAGGAACAACACAAAGCUGCGUCCUUCAAAGACCCUGUUUGUUGUGAAUUUUGAUCCUAUCAACACACGAGUACGAGACCUGGAACGACACUUCGAGCCUUAUGGGAAGCUUGUGCGGGUGCAAAUACGGAAGAAUUUCGGGUUUGUUCAGUAUGAGACCCAGGAUGAGGCCACCAAAGCCUUAGAAUCCACCAACAUGAGCAAGGUGAUGGAUCGCGUAAUCACAGUGGAGUAUGCAGCUCGUGAAGAUGGUGAACCACCAUCUAGUGGUCGGGGUGGUAGUCCCAGUCGGUACAGAGGAUCCUCGAGAGGCAGCCCAUCUUAUGGACGCGAUCGAAGCCCUGUCCGAGGAAGUGGACGAAAUCGCAGUCCACCUGCCCGAGGUCGAAGCCGAUCCCCUGAUUACCGCCCAUAUGCUGGAUCUAGGCGUUGAAGCGGCACAGAACGAUUCUCUGACCAGAACAAACAGCAACUAUUUGUUGAGGGAUUUAGGAGUUGGACUGCAUAUGUCAAUUUGUUGUUUGUUGUGGAUAAGCAGUGGCACGGAGGUCAUGUAUUGGGUUUAUGUCAGGUACUCUUCCAAGAUAGAUUAGAAUGAGUGCAGCUAGAUUUUAGACCAUCUUAGUACACUUGUUGGACCUGGGAUUAUCUUCAUGGGGUACUUUUAGAUUUUAGAUUUCAUUGUCAUUGAAGGCAGCUUCAUUAUCGCAUGUAAAUUUUUAUAUUGCAAUGUUCUGCAGGCAGUUUUGGGUGCAUUACAGCUUUUUUACA